CUAGUGAAAGCUACUUCCACUGCUGGGCCGGUUAGCCCAUCUCCUUGACACAUCUCGGCCACCUCACUGAAUCCCCUCUUCUUCACCUCAAUGGCCGGUCAAGGCAAACCUUUCCCUCUCGGUUCCGGCGAUGGCUGCCUCCCGCCGCCUCUCGCGGAAGCUGCCCUCGCUGAUCUCCAGGCAUCAGCGCCUCAUCUCCCCGGAGGCCGAAGCGCCGGAACUCACUGAACCCUCCAUCACCUCCUCAUCCAUCCCACUCGACCCCACCCUGCCCGUCCUCCCGCUCGCCGUCUCCCACCUUUCGCCGCCGAGCCCGCUCCCGACGCUCCCCUCCGCGCACGCCUCCUCCCCCGCCUCGCUCCUGCGUCUCCUCCGCCGAGCGCGUCACCACCCGCGACUCGCGGCGCUCGACCUCCACAUCCUCCUGGCCGCCGCGGACGCGUCCCCCGCGUUCCGCCCCGACCACGGCCUGACCUCGCUCCUCGCCGCUCGCCUUGCGGCCUCGCGCCGCCUACCCUCUCUCCGGCGCCUCCUCGAGCUCGUUCUCGCCCGCCCCUGCCCCUGCGCCGACGACUCCAUCUUCGCAUGCCCGGAGCUCCUCCCCACGUUCCGCAAGGCCAUCGUCGCCUUCGCCGCCUCCGGCGACAUCCCCGCCGCGUCCGAUGCCCUCGCAUCCCUCCGCCGCGCCGCUGACUCCCCACUUCCCGCCGAGUUCUACAAUAUCAUCCUCCACGCCCUCUCCCGCCUCCACCGCCACGACGAUGCCAUCCGCUUCUACGGCGAGAUGGCCUCCGUCUACCGCGUCGCCCCGGAUGCCUACACCUUCAAUAUACUCAUCAACAGCUCCUGCCGCGCGGAAGGCGUCAACAGCGCCAUGCGGUGGUUUGGAGAGAUGCAGCGCCGGAGCUGCGCACCGACGGGCGUUAGUUUCAACACACUCAUGCGCGGGUUCAUCAGAGAAGGCAGGUACAAGGAGGGAAUCAAGGUCGCACGCGAGAUGCUUGAGCUUGGGGUCGGGCUGUCGGUUGUGUCCAUGGAGAUUUUCAUCGGUGGCUUGUGCCGUGGUGGCGAGGCUGUAAAGGCGGCUGAGGUGUUCGUUGAGUUUUUUGGGGAUGGGGUGGUGCCAGAAGGAUUUGAUUGCUUUGAACUAGUUGAGGCUCUGUGCAGUGUGGGGAAGAUCGACAAAGCAGUAGAAGUGGUGGACAUGGUAUUGGAGAGGAAUAUGAAAUGCUGUCUCAGCGUGCCUGCUGGCGUUACUGUUUUGGAGAGCCUGAUGAAGGCUGGGAGGCUAGAUAAGGUUUGCCAGUUGAUGCGGAGAAUGGUUGAUCAGGGAAUUGUUCCAGAUACAAUUUCUUGUAACUGCAUCUUUGAGGCACUUUGUGAAGAAGGGAGGACAGCUGAUGCAAACCAGCUUAGGGUGCUCGCUAAGGAGAAGGGUUUUGAGGCUGAUAGUGAAACCUAUCGUGUGCUGGUGCAAGGAUUUGGAAGGCAGGGGAGAAGGAAGGAAGGGGAGGCUGUGUUGGAUGAAAUGCUUGAUUCAGGAUUUAUACCAAACAUUGCCUCUUAUAAUAGGCUUCUUGAUGGCUUACGUAAGGGAAGAUCUUUGAGGAUACAAGAGAAUUUCUCAGGGGAUGUGAAAGCACCAGACUGAAAGUAUGUCCCUGGCUGAGAGAGAGAGAGAGAGAGAGAGAGAGAGAGAGAGAGAGAGAUUGAGACUAGGUAGAGAUGCCUGAUGAGCCAGUGGUGUGCAUAACUGCAAGGACACAAAAUGGGAAGCUUGAAAUGAGAUUUGAAUUUUGAAGGCCCCCUUGCUUGGACACCAGGCCCAUCUAUUUGAUUUGGGGUAGCAUUUUUCUGACAUCUUGCCAAACCAAUCGUUGCUAAGGUCUGUAUCACUGUAUAGAUAGAAAAUGCCUCAUUAUAUUGGAGAUUUCAAUUUUUGUAGAUAGGUAUAUAUAUGUCUUCUCGCUAUAUUAACACUGACGUUGCUUUGUUCCGAGUUCUGUUUGGCCUAAAUUAGAUAGUGCAAAGGUAGGACACUAGGCUUGUAUAUUAUCAUCUUAAUGAGCUAUCUUAGUGUUAUAUUUUUUAUGCCCAGUGUCCCCAAAUAUCAUGUCGGGCUGAUAUCCACAAAUUUGGGGUUAAUGAUAUUCAGAGGCAGUACACUGUACACAGAAGGAAGAUAUUAGUAAUGUGGAAGUUCAAUAACCUCAUUAUGAUGGUCUCUUCCUAUCCCCUCCUUUCAUAUAUGCAGUCUCUGGAUAUUUUAACGCUGCCAAAUGUUUCAGUCGGAGUGUUAUCAUAUUUUGAGACUGCAGAUAUAGAGAUGGCUCUGGUGUGACUGCUUCCAAAGAAACAGAUAUAGGAACAAUUGUAGCGUGGCUGCUUUGGAAGUAACUUGUCUUCCAGUCGUCAAUUGGUCAUAAUGCCUAGGAUGGGGGAUAUGCGAAUGUUUGGAAAAUGAUGAAGAAAAUAUUUUUCGGGGAACGUGUUGACAUGGGAAGACAAUCUUCUCAAGGUUUGCAGGAGGCAAUGCAAUGCUUCCAUUUGGAUCAGACGGUCUAAGGUUUCUCUUCUGUCUACUUUCUAAUUGGGGAUUCAAAGGAACUAAUGUUUGAUGGAAAAUUACAUGCAAAGCUUGUCAGCAACCAGCUACCCGUCGAUACUAUUUCCCAAUCUCCACUAAGCAGUGGUCAUCUUAUCUUUAUUGACCACCAUGACAAUACAGUUCCACUGCCACGAAUCUCAACAGUGUAGAAACUUGUAUAGAUGUUCAUCUCCUUCAGCAGCGUCAGUCUCUCUUAAGUGACCAUAUCCACUAUGCUUCUGUGCGUCGCCGGCCGGCGGGUGCUGUCCAGCGGACGCUUCCAUGCGUGUGGAUGGCGGCCGCGAGACCAGCUGGUUGCUUGGCCCUGCCGGAGAGGGUGUUGCAGUUGCGACAUGGUUGGCAACUUGGCAUGGCGGCCACAGAGUAGGGCGGUCGGUGCCGGUGGUCAAGGCGAAAGAGCGCAAGGUUGUACAGGACUUUGUGCGUGUCUGGAGGGACAAGUGAGGUAUCUCUCAGUUUGGCAAAUCGAGAAGCAAUGGAGCAAUCUGUGGGGUCCUCUCUCUGGCGCGCUUCACUUCACAAAGCAUCUCCUCUGCAUUGAAGGCAUGGACAAACACGAACUGACAAUACACGAUCAUUCGAUCA